GGACGAUCACAUUAGCGUGCGGGACGACCGCCAUUGAACUGAGGCAGGCUGUACACUCGUGUCGCCAAUUUUAUUACAAUAUUUUCCCUUAUUGUUUGUUGCAUCGCAGAAAUACAACAUGGAUAGAUUAUAGGGGUUAUUUACGCGAUUUGCAGUGGGCUUCGGCCCCUCAAGCCGCCCACAUCCGAAGUUUUGAGUGUUAGUAAGAAAUGAUCGCGCGGUAGAACUCGUGUUGCCAAAAUGAGCAAGUUUCGUGCAAGGCAGCUCGACGCCACCAAACCCAUACCUAUUUAUUUACAAGAGGAAAUAUCUGAUUACACUGACUUAAAUAAUGCAAGCAAUCGCACUGUGCCUCAAAUGCCUACGGGCAUGGAAAAGGAGGAAGAAACUGAGCACCAUCUGCAGCAGGCCAUCUUCCACCACAGAGUUAUCCCUGUUCCUGAGGUGUAUGCAGUUGACAGUACCCAUGCCAAAAUAUACCCUCCUGAUUAUAAGCAAUCUCGACAACUUAUACACAUCCUGCCGUUCAACCCUGAGCAAGAUAUCCCUGACUAUGACAUGGACAGUGAAGAUGAGGAAUGGCUGUCCCAACAAGCUGCUAAAGGGGAGCUGCUUCCUCUUGAUCCCCCUCAGUUUGAAGAGAUGAUGGAUCGUCUCGAGAAGAGCUCUGGUCUGAAGGCCGUCACAUUGCAGGAAGCUAAAGUUCUUCUUAAGGAUGACGAUGGUCUCAUCACUGCUGUAUAUGACUACUGGCUCAACAAGCGUCUAAAAACCCAACACACUCUCAUACCGCAAGUCAAAUCUGAAAAGAGUGCUGGAAGUGCACCCAGCGACCCAUAUGUGGCAUUCAGAAAACGCACUGAGAAGAUGCAGACUCGGAAAAACAGGAAAAACGAUGAAUCCAGUUACGAGAAGAUGCUCAAACUCAAGCGUGAUUUGACAAAGAGUUUAACAAUGCUUCAGAUGGUUAGCCGGCGGGAGAAGACCAAGAGGGAGUUGCUGCAUCUCCAUAUUGAAAUCUUUGAAAAGCGGUACGAGCUUCAGGACUGGUCAGGAUCCAUCAUCUCAGAACUGCUCAACAGCCGGCCCAUGUCAAGGUCUGCCUUCGCUCCUUUAGUGUCCAAUCAUCUGAACUCCUCAGCGCUAGCGGCCACGAGUGCUGCUGGCGGCGGUGGUGGCGGGGCGAGGGGAGGCGCUGGUUGGCUCAAAGUUGGCCACAACCGCAACAACCUCACCAACGCCUCGGCUGCUCACCGCAACAAAGACAAUGCAAAGAGGGAGAGGAAAAAUAGAAAAGCCAAGUUGCACGCCAGUCUUGGUCAGCCCAGCUCGGGGCUGCAGCGGCAGCAUGCAGGCUUCUCCCAUCCUCCAGACCCUUAUUUGCUGGCUAAUGCCUAUCCCUCGUCAUUGGAGGAGGAUGAUACAACGGGCUCAGGAGGCGGUGGACGUGGCGGCACCUCGCAGUCUGACGAUGAUGCUCACGCUGACGGUUCCUUCACGUUCAUCAGAAGACAUCAUUGCCAAUACCACGCGCCCCGAGAGGACACAGUGUGGGCUGCCCCUCACGAGGGAGGAGGGGGAGCCAACCAUGCCCCAUACUCCCUCACAAGCCUCCCUCCAGAAUAUCUUCCCCGCAGUCCCUCCCCACCUUCGUCAUGUCUCCCCACAGAUCAAAAUUUUCCUCCAACCUUUUCUGUACUAUCAUCACAAACUCCCCCGCGGAUACCUUCUCCAAGUUUAUCGCAAAUGCCGACUAUACGUCGCACAUUCUCAACAGCCUUAUCUCCAAUACCUCCUUUAUUAAGCUCAUCACUAUUAACUCCUGCAUUCUCAUUUCCACCUAGUGGACAUUCUUCUCUUCCAUCGACUUCUUCCACAUUUACUUCGUGUGGCAGUGAUUCGUUAUCUUCUAAUUUGGUGCCUCUAGAUGGCUCCUUAUCUAAAUUUGAACCAUCAACCAGUUUACCCCAAUUACCACGCACCCCUACACAUGAUUUUACACCUGUACAUUUGUCGUCAAUGUCUAGGAAUGCAUCUUCAUUACCAGGCCCUGACGCCAGCGCUCCUUCCCUUAAAAGCAGAGAAGGCUCUUCUCCUAAUAAUUUAUUAACUUCUCACAUAUCAAAUCCCUCUCGUCGUCACAUUACGCUUGCCAGACGACGCCUUGGCAGAGGAGGGAGGAUAUGGAUAGACCGACUGAGCAGCGCUAGUCUUGAUGACCGAGCACCCUCGGCCGUGGCUGCAGUGGAGCACUGCGGUGUGGCACUGACCUCAGCCACACGGGAUAUUCUCACCCAGCUGCAUUCAGCCGCGGCACUCUGGCGGCCUGGCAAUGAGAGGGUGUCAUGCAGUCUGCCCGAGUUCAGGAGUGUGGUGCAAGAUCAGGCGGAUGGCGGAGAGAGCGAAGCUGAAAGCGAAGGUCGAAGCUCACCACUGGACCCAAGUUACCUGCAGUCUUAUGUGAUCUCGGCUGAGGUUAUGGAGGGCGAGAAUGAAGGCUUGACAACUGAUGUUGAAAUGAGCAUUCCUUCUAGUAUUUUAUUGGGAGGAGACUCGAGGCAAGACAAUGAGGAUGUUGAGAGUAAUGUCCUGCUGGGCUCGUCUCACGCAUGUGUUGACGGAAUCAACUGGAUCGAUUCUAAAUCUUCAGAAUCGCUGCUUCUAAAUUCUCAAGAAUUGCCGCCAGUAUUCAGUCCUGACCGCUGUAGUCAGUUUCAGCCAUCAAGACAACAUUCCAAUAUUUUUUCACUGCUGCCAAGCUCACGUUUCUCUACCUAUGAUGCGUCCAUCUCUAACAGUGGUGCAGCAACUCAGCCAUUACCCAGCGCCUGUGAUAAUGAACUGGUGGAAAUCGAUCCAUCUUUACCUGAAAUCAUCAACCCUCCUCGCCUCUCUCGAAUACCUUCAUCACCUUCUAAUGUCGCUCUCAAUCAUCGCCCGCCUGCUAUUUCUCAGCAUUCAUCUGGUAAUUUUUAUAUAUCAAAUUCUUUGUUAAAUGUGUCGUCGAGCAAUAGUUCCACGAAUCGCGAUUUUGGUGUAAGAACCGUGACAAAUUUAGACUGCCAUGUUAGUGCAGUUAGUAGUGGCUCUUUUUUAGUGAACAACAGUGAAAGUGUAUGGACGGCAUCAAGUGAUGAGUGUAGUUAUAAUAAAAUUAAAGUCAGUGAAGGUGUUUCUCAAAAUAGUGGUGAAGAAUCAUCAGCCGCCUGCACUGGCAACGUGAGCAGCGCUAGCAGUAGCCCUGCUUGUGUAAAUAAUGUAGAUAGCUCUAACAAAUUGACUAGUUCGUCUUUUGCCGUGUCUUCGUCAAUACUUAGAACUAGUACCUCGUCGACUGUGAGUAAAAGUGGUCACCAGAGACUCAUUACUAAUUCUAGCCACUCUCCUUUAAACAAUUGUAACGCUCACGUGAGAAGUAAUAGCAACGGGAGCACCACUGAAGCUUCGUCGCGAUACCGUGUCCUUAAUGAUAAAAGUUCUACCCUUCCUCACAACAGCGUUGUCAAAACCAAUAAUAAUGGAAAUAAUAGUAUGAGUAACGGUCCUGUGCGUAACAAUAUAGUGCACAGCAAGAGCAGCACCAGCGGCACCACUACAACCACCACCUCCAUGCCCGUGGUCAGAUGUGCCAAACUUGACCAGUAUCUUUUCAGAGACAGCUGACCAUCGUGAAGCAGAGGCGCGCUGGCCAUCGUGGUCAGUGUUAGCUCUAUGGCUCACACUUCCCUUUCGACUUAGUCGAGCGCACUUCUGCUGGCAGCCAUCAAUGUUAGACGAUUGUUGUCGGUCUCAGAGAAGGAACGGAGCCAUAAACAAAAUCUCGGAUGCUUGUCUCGCUGUAGACAUUGUUGGAUGACACCUGACUAUGUCCAGUCUCAGGUAGUGGGGUGGAUGGUUUGCUGGCCGAUCAUUUAUAGCCUGCUAACAAUUCUGUAUUGAUAGUUGCAGAUGUGAACGCUAGAAUUCGGAAACAAAAGUUGGAACUCAGUCAUUCAAAGAGAUUAUUAGAAACGAGACUGUUACUCAGAUGUCUAUGUUAUUAAUUAAUGAAGUAAACUAUACAUUAGUGUUCUAAUUGAACCAUCUUGGUGUGAUGUUGGGCCUGUAAUUGCUGACAUCAAAGAACAAAAAAAUAUAAAGUUCACCAAAAUAUUUUGAACUUUUCAUGCUGCUGAAUUGUUAUGGGCUAAAUUGUAAUAAUAUAUCCGUUUAUAGAAAGACUUGUAUCAUGGCAAGACUGUUAGCAGUUGAGUGGUUAUCCUGUUGAAGCCACGCACAUUAGGCAGAUGUUGUACUGUUCGCCGUUCUAUGCUGUAGCUGGUACAUGGUUAUAUCGUGUGUGCAAUGCUGCACAUCAAAUUUCUGUGAUGUGCUUUCUUUCCCUUGAAGUGACGUGAUUGCCAGGCCAUAGCAGUAGCCGAUGCAUGACUUCAUUGUUGUUUUCUAUACGUUGUUGCCAUUAGGGGAUCAGGCAACGCAGGUACUGAGUCGGGUGGUCUCGAAAUUAACUUCACGUGCUUUCUUACGUUUGUUUUCGUGAUACCAGCUUUCCCAACUCGCAGCAAUCAUUUCGAGCAUUAGCCGAAACAUAUUUUGGCUCAUUCUAUAGCUGAACAUAUUUUGGCUCAUUCUAUUAAUAUACACGUAAUAUCAUUGCAGUUCUGACGUAUCAGUCUCAGUUAGUCAUCAUUGCUAAAUUUCGAAUUAAUACAACGUUUGUUCAAAAGGCUGGGAUUCAGUCGCAUCUCUGAUGUACUAAGCUUGGGCGGUAAAGAGUUUACAGUAUUUCUUGCCAUUUGUUCCAGAAUCAGCACCAACUUAAAUCUAAUCUCUAUAGAAAACUUUGGUUUUGAUCACGAUUUGCGUCUAGUAUUAUUUGUGACGUCUCCUUCGUGUGUUGGUAUUCUCUAGUUCUUUUGAUCAGUUUGACUGAAUCUGCAACUUCAUCCGCAAAUUGCCGUGUAUUUCGUAAUAUUAAAACUGAUGUGUGGGCUUCUAAUGUGAUGUUUGUUAUCACACUUGUGUAUGCCGUAGUUCCCUGGACCAGUGCGUGACCACUUGGACGUCUGACGUGACACUCUAGUUCUUAAUUAAUGCUGUAUAAAUGUACAUAAAGCUUGGUGACGUCUGUUUCGCUAUGCGGAACUGUCGUAUUGGUGUAAACUUCUGGUGAGAACCAACCACUACAACGCUUAUUAUGUAGGUAGUAACCAAUGUAAGGGUGGCGCACGUGCCGAAGAGCACUCAAUCCUUUUCGUGCUAUUCUUUUGUUUUCCGUUGUUAUUUUUUUAGGUAUCAUGGAACUAUCAUUUUCGUUUCUAUUGUAUAAUGCCCGUAGUCUUCGGUGACUGAAAGUCUUGCAUUUUUGUUUUUCGAUUGUUUGUAUUAGGCUUGCGUUUUGAUUCGACUUGUGAACUUUGUCUAAUAUGCAAUUUAUCACUUGAAGCAUUAAUAUUUUUGGUUAUACUGUCUCAAGACCCUAUCCUAUUCAUUUGAUUUUAGUAUCGCGACUGCAGACCGUCAUGUCACUAGCUUAUUGUUCCGUUCGAUCUAACGGAUAUGUUAUGUUCAGUUUAUUUUUACCUGGGUACGUAUCGCAUAGCAUCAUUAUCUUUCGGUAUUAAAUUGUUCAAUAAAUAUUAUUUCACCUAAAAAUAAAUAUUACCUUCUCAUCCACUACAAAAUUCUUUUGAUUUUACGGAAUUAAAUCAUAGGAUCCCUUUAUUUCGGUUAGUUUUUUCCUGUGUCAUAUUAUAAAGCUUUUUUUUUCGUCAGUAAAAUUCAGUGAUCUGUAAAGGUAUUUUCGAACAUGAUUUGGCUGUCAAUUUCAACGAUGACUGGUGAAUGAUCAAUUUCUGGUUGAUACUCUUUGUUAAUUGGUUCGUAUUUGUUAUUAGGUCAUGAGUGGUUUGAAAAAUAUUGACAAAUUUCACUUUAUUUUUUGGUUGAAUUUUGAUGCAUAAAUUCGAAAGUCUUGUGAUAGGAUUGUUCUUCCACGGUCGCGUCAUCCAUGAGGUCGUGUCAUUUCUGAAUAUGUAACAUGACGCUGCUGCUCUGACGAGGACGGCGUCAUUGUGUCGUUCUUCGAACUCUGCGCGCUACAUGUGAUGCAAUUCUAGCCAAUUUUCUUCAGCAACGUAACUUUUCUUUUUAUAUUAUGUUCUAAUGUUCAAAACAAUGUUUUUGGAAUUUUAUGUACACCGACUUAAAUUGAAUGAAUGAAUGCAAUGACGUGAAGGCUAUCCUGAAAUAAGGUGAUACAUUAAUGAACCUCUUGAGCUGCUGCUUGCAACAUCUGUCUAUGCUGUAUCUCAAGUUCCAUCACUCAUCUUCGUCAUGUUGAUUCGAUGUCUGUUCCAAUGUCAUCCUGGUACCUCCUUUAUAUGCAAUAAAAUUUGUUCUUAUUGGCUUACUUAUUUUAUAUUUGUCAGGUAAUGUUGUAUUCCUGACAUGUUGCGGUUGAUGAACUUUGGAUGCGCUUGACCUCGGAAAUUCAGUAAUCAUGACAUAUUCCUUAAUAAGUCUAAAUCUUUUUUCAAAAUUGCUGAACGAUUAUUAUUCUAAAUAAAUCUAACAGUGUUUCCAACUACAGAACACUGUUUCUAUCAACCAUUCUUGCGCCUGCCCUCGACUCCGCUCAUCACGUUGUAGCGUUACGCUUUCAUUGCUUGUUUAUCUGGGUUGCUCUCUGUUUUCCUAUUGCUUAUAUUAAUUUUUAGCCGUGCGCUUACUUGGAUCGGAUUUGCUUAUCACUUUUUGAUUAACCUCAACAUUCCUCGAAGUUUCCUAUACAGUCUUGCCCGUUACUGGUUCGUGUGGGUAGGUAUUUUUUUUUUAAUUUCAACUAAGAACAUUUAAUUUGCUCUCGAAUGUUUCAUAAAUUUUCCACUUUGUUGCUUCUUAUCCCGAUUGCUAGAAUUUUUGUUUGGUUAGGUCAUUGGGUUUUCCAUGCACGACGGAAAUGUUCAUAACUGCCGUCCGGUUAUUAUUCUCUACUUUUUUGUUGCCAUGAAUCUUUUUUGUCCAACUUAUUCGGAAUUUUAUUAGUAAUUUUUCCACGUCUGAUUUGAUAGCGACGUGUCUUUGUGAUGUUGUCAAUUUUGUAGGCGCUUCACUAUCAUUGAUCUCUAGCUUGUUAAUAAGCUGCAGUUUCUAAGCAUGUUGGUUUGGAAAGUACAGUUGUGCAUUUCCUCCUCUGUAUGCAAAAGUGGUGAAAUUGAUUCUCCUGACUGCCAGUGUUUAGGUUAGGUAGAGUUGAUUUACCAAACAUUUUGAUAAGACACGUUUCGUGAUGAACUGCUAUGGGCAUUUCUCAGUUUAAUACAGCGCGAGUUAUUUUCGUUCACGAAUUAAAUACCUAGGUUGCGUACAGCGAUGCUAUCCUUAGAUGAACCUUCAGGAUAUUCAUGGUUUGAACAAUUAGCACAGUCGAUCGGGUGAGUUCUACAUUUUUUGAUGAAAUUCGGCAUUUCGUUAAGUUACAGCUUCUUCAUUCCCUGAUAUGCCUAAUGAAUACAAAUAUUGCCUGUUACCUAAUUGAGAUACAAUUUCGAGUCUGGACUUAUUAAUUUUUUUUACAACUUGGAAGCGCGUAGUAAAUAGAAGAGGAGAUAAUGAUGUGGAGUGUAAUUCAUUACCCUGUACAAUUUUCUUCAUUUUGGCUUGAAGAAAGUCGACUAAUUUCUCUCUUCAAUCGCAUAGUUUAUUUGCUCAAAAUAUUGAAAACAUGUGAAUACAUAAGCGCUCAGUACAAAAUAAACAAUUCUAAAUGA